UAUAUUUGGAUCUAAAUCCUUCUCUCAAAUUCAUUAAGCAAAUGACUCUUUUUAUUUUAUUUUAUGAAUAACCUCUGCAUUUCAAGAAAAUAAGGUAGGAGCAUAAUAGGCUCCAACCUUUUAGCGUCAUGGACUUGAUUACUUUGAUUACAAACGCCAAUCUCAUGCAUGCUCCGUACUUCUAGGAGUGGAAAUCGGUACGGUAUCGAUAUCUCAAUAUCAAAUACCGAAAUUCUGAAUAUCUAAUUACACUCUAAAAUCAAUCUCAAUCCCUAAUUAAUUUCGGUAUCUCAAUUUUUAAAUAUUUCGGUAUCUCAAUCGGCACUUUGGCAUCCCAAUCGGUAUUAUCGAAUACGAAAUUAAUUACAUUUGUCAUUAAUAAUUAAAUAUAUAAAUGAGACUUUUUUGUUUAAUUUGGGGCAAAAAGACUAAGCAAAGAGUCUUGAGUUUGUCUAGAACUAGAAUAUGGAUAAGGAAAAUGGAGGAGAGGUGACAUCCCAAAAUUUUGUCAUUGGUAAUCUUUAAUUUGACGAAUUGGAUGCUAAGAGACGACUAAUACUAGUGUUUGCUUUUUGGUGUUAUGAAAAUAACAAGAGAUUAGGUGAGGGAUGAGAGUGACUUAAACUGGAAAGUCAAAAUUGAGUUGGAUGGGGGCUUCUAAAUUGUGAAAGAGUAAGGAUUGACCAAAGGUUGUGUAUUAUAUUUCAUUAAAUUUUAAUUUUCGCUAUUUCUCAGUAUUUCGGUAUAUAUCGAUCCCGAUCUCAUAAUCUCGAAUACUGAAUAGCACUCCAAUAUGAAUCUCAAUCCCAAUCCCUAAAAGAUAAAUCGGUAUUCGGUAAUGCCAAAUAGUGAUAAAUUCGGUACGGUAUUCGGUAUAUCCCAAAUACUGGUACCAAACUUCGAGCCCUACUCCUAGUUAGAUCAAUAUUAACUAUAAGCAAACUUUACACACUUUAUAAAUAACCAAAGUAUAUGGGGAGCACAUCCGGUCAGUAACCUACAGGUCAGUAAUAAUGCAUAAACCAAUUACUAUCUGUCACAUCAGCGUCCCUUCUCUCUCCCUUAAAGCCUUUAAUUUUUUUCUCUUGAUCUUUAAUGGACGAUUUCUCACUCGUUUGAAGUUGAAAUUUAAAUUUUUUUUGCACAGUUAGAUCAAAUUAAUUGUGCUCUUCAUAAUGAUAUCCACUUUGAUAUAUUUCUGGAACAAAAAAUUGAGCCAUUUUUCACCAGUCUAUACCCUAUGUUAUUGACUAGUAUUAAAAUAAGGGCAUACUAUAUGAUAUAAAGCGUAUCAUGGUGGUAUGAACAUACCAAGACUGUAGGAUAGUUGAAUACAUGAUAGUAGGAGUGUCAUUUACGACUUUCAACAUUGUGUACCACAAGAUACCACCCUGUACCAGGUUGGUAUUGUGUGGUAUUUUUUGGUCAUGUAUUUGUUCGCCCAGAAAUUUGUAGAUCGAAUGGAUCAUUAUGAACUCGUUCCUUCUGUGCAAAAAAUUUCAAAAACGACUUAAACACAAAGAAGAUAUCAUAUGGUAUGCAGUUGGUAACGAGAGACUAACAAAAAUUUCUUAAAAAAUAUAGAAAAUGGAUCUCAUUUUGUAGAGCACAACGAACUCGUUCCUUUUGUGCAAAAAAAAAUUGAAAUCCGAAUUAAAACGAAGAAGAUACGAGCUGAUUAUGAAAACAAGAAAAAAUAAAAAUGUCUUUAAUUCUCCACUUUUAGAUCUGAAUUUUCUAGACCCACUUAAAAGUAAGGGUCCAGAUUUAGUUACUGAUUAGUUAUGCACCGUAUCUGGAGCUGAGUAUAUAUACUAAUAAAUAUGAGCACAUUUGAAACUAAAAAAAGCUUUGCUAGACUUGCAGUAGCAACUUGUAGAAGAGCAUCACACUUGAGUUCAAGCACUUGCUGCAUUUUAGCCAACCGUGUUUCACCAUCUCCACCCCAAAUAAUUUGAGUAAAAUUAUAUGUAAUUUGGGUAAAAAUAGGUCAAGAAUGGAAUGAGCCAGUGCAGGUCAAGUGGAAUAGAGUAUCCAUGUCCAACCCGCCCUACCUAUUGGGUGAGUAAUACCUGCCAAAACAGGUCAAACAAAUUGAAUAAAAUGGAUCAGGUCAAAAUUGACAUCCCUACAUUAUAUGCUUUCAACUUCACCCUCAAUUAUCAUUGCCCUUUUCUUCUCUUACAAACUGCAAUUUCUAUAAUGAACUUUAUGUGAAGUAUAUGUUUUUUAAAAUAUGAAAACAUAUCGUGAAUUAUCAAACAAUAUUAAUAUGAGUUCUUUUUAUGUUGGGCCUACCUUACCAAAAUUUGUGGCUACGCCACUGUUUCCUUGCACCUUUCACACUAAAUUUCACAGAAGAGGAGAGUCCGAAGGAGCCUACCUAAUUUGAAUUUCCUAAACCUCACCCUACCUUCCUACAUUCCUUCUUCCCACCCUGCAACAGAGGAAUACUCCCAAUGAGAAAGGUAAAGCUCUUUGCAUAAUACCUUGUGUGAAUGAGCAUUUCAAAGAAAUUUUUUCUCAUGAUUCAAUCACUAAGCUAGAGUCACCCAACUAACAACCUCAUUUAACAGAGAGAGUUUCCAUUUUCCCAUAAUGUAUCUAUACCAGCUAACACCUUGAUGAACAACCUGCAUAUGAGAAGAGCAAGGUCACAUAGUUUCAAGAUUUUCUUCCAAGCUCAAGAUCCCUCCACUAGUGCUUCCUAUAUACGCAGAUUAGGCAGCCUUUAUUCUUUCAUCCAUGCAUUCCAAAGUACACAUAUCAACCAACAAACCGCAUAUAUGUUACAGCAUACAUGUAGUAGUCCAAUUCCUCGCGUCUUUAGUUCUAUUCUAUGAUCAUGUCUCCAAAAAUGUGUCAAUAAUUGAUGAUAUAAUUAAUUAGAUUGGAAAGACAUAUCCAAGGCAAAGUUUACUCUUCAAUUAUUUUCAAAAAUGUAUGCGGAUGUUGUAACACAUUAGGUAAAUCUCGCAUCUACAAAAGCACGAGAUAGAUCCAUGAUUCAUUAGGAACAAUCCAACAUGAUCUGGCAAGGCAUAUUCUAGGGUGAAAUGAAUGAGUUUUUGUAAGAACUCUGAAAUAAUAAAAUGUUCAGUGAGAAGUAAUACAGCGAUGAGUGGCCUCUCGAGAAAUCACAUAAUGAAUUCAAAAAACAAAACUUUGCCAGGUGGACCCAAAACCAACACUAUCUUGAUCAAUAUAAGAGUUGUGAUGCACAGAUGUUCCAUCGAUUUUUGGUAUUAGCACCAUAACAAAAUUGUGCGAGUUAUGGUUACUUAUUGGCUCUAUUUGUGGGGAGCGGUUAUGGUGAUUACUUACUAAGGGUAAAUUGGGUAUGAAACAAUAAAUUAUAUUAAUUAAUUUUUAUAAUAAAUUAUAUUUUAGGUAGUUACAAAAAUCUAUUAAUUAUAAUUAUCUCUCUUUCUCUCACUUCCGUAAUCUCCAGGCAGAUCUCCUUUCCAUAUUUUCUCAAUCUUUCGGCAAAAGAAAAAACACGAAAUCACUACCAAUACAUUAGACAACCACUAUCACUUUGAAAAACAUCAAUACCAUUGCAGAGAUAAAUCUAUAUCAUUACACGAAAACUACCAAUAUACAGAAUCAAUACCAUUACAAAAGUCAAACAAAUACCAAAACAACCAAUACCACUACAACUGUGAAAUCAAAACAAUACCAUUGCACAAAUAAAUUAAUACCAUUAAACUAAAACUACCAAUACCAAAAUCAAUCAAUACAACUACUAUUGUGAAAUCAAAACAAUACCAUUGCAUAGAUAAAUCUAUACCAUACACGAAAACUACCAAUAUAAAGAAUCUAUACCAUUACAAAAGUCAAACAAAUACCAAAACAACCAAUAUCACUAUAACUGUGAAAUCAAACAAUACUAUUGCACAAAUAAAUUAAAACAUUAAACUAAAAAUACCAAUACCAAAAUCAAUCAAUACCACUACUAUUGUGAAAUCAAAACAAUACCAUUGCAGAAAUAAAUCAAUACCAUUAUGACAAACACACUAUACCAUUUCAUAAAAAAUACCAAUGAACUAAUACCAAAACAAAGUAUACCAUUUCAUAAAUUAAUACUAUUACUAAAUUACUAGAUGGUAAUUACCAGAUCUAUUGUAGACAAAUGGAUAAAGAGAUAGGGAGGGAAGGAGAGAGCAGCGGGAGAGAUAAGAGAGAAAGGGAGAGGGAGAGAGAGAGAGAGGUAGGGGUGGGAGGCCGCUGCGGUGGCCGAGGGUGGCCGGCACGAGGUCAUCGUCGGGGCUGGUGUAGGCGGUUGGUGGGUGACUCACUUCUACUGUCACUCCAAGAAUUGGCCAAGUGAAACCACUUCCUAAAGUGUAGUAUAGCGGGUUUGGGUUUAAAUGUCAACCCGGGUCCUAGAUUUGAUGACUACUCAGUGAAUUCUUGUUAUCUAGCAAUGAAACUUUAAUGCAAGUCUAAACUAACAAACUAACAAAGCAAGUAAACGGUUGUAUUCAGGUUAAGAGAGGUCACCCGGAUAUGGUUCCCCUUAGACUGCAGUUAAGCCGGAUUGUAAUUACCAAGUUCAGUUUCUAUGAUAGUUAUACUGCGGAAGGUUCUUAAACAGCCUGAAGUCUCGACUUAAGGUCUUCAGACCCUCUCAAUCUGAAUCUCUAGCGGACGACUAACCUCCACCGGAGUAAACAGUUUGAGGCCUUAACAAACAAAACCUCCACUACCGAAGUGAAUCCGGUACAGAAUAGUGAGUUGGCUCCUCGCCUAAAGUCACCAACUCCCUACCUUCAAUUAAGGAUGCUCUAUCAACCUAGGCAGAUAUUCUCAUUCUAGGUUAAAGCAGAAACAACAGGAAUUUGAUCAGGAUUCAUGCCAUUCAAUCAAUCAAACCUCAAUUGAAUAUAAUCAAAUCAUAGAAUCAGUACUUGGGUUCAUACAAUCAAACCUAACAUACAAAUCUAGGUUUCUCCAUACCCAGAUGAAUGGGAGAACUACUCCAUGGAGAAAGAAGCAAAAGCAGAAUCAGACGCGGAAUUCAUACUGUGAAGGAUGGAUUCCUGCUUCUGGACGUUGAUCGGCACUUCUCCAAGCUCAAACUGGCCUCCAAUGGUGAUGAAGAUCAAGCUAGGGCACUUGGAGACUCUUGUUCGUCGCUUUCUCUCUCUAGGAAUCGCUCUGUCUCUCUAAAACUCGAAUCCCCUUCUGUUUUGCUGAAAAUCUGCUUAAAAGGGCAUCACUGGCCAAAGCACGGUCGAGGGCACGGCCGUGUAAUGCCUCAGCCCGCCCGUGCUUUGGCUAGGGUUAAUUACACGGCCAUUGUGUUGGGAGAAACACGGUCAUGCUUUCGGGUGGACACGGCCGUGCUUUGGUCGACACGGCCGUGCAAAUUCUCAGCCCUGCCCGUGUAAUCAGCUCAUGUUUGCCAAACUCGAAUUUGCUCUCGGCAGUAAAAGCACGGCCACAGAACACGGCCGUGUUCUGUUUUAGGUGUGCCCGUGUUUUGGCUCCAGCUCGACGAAAUGACUUCCGAAUGCCCCGAAACUCGUGCUUAGCCUUCCCUUUGACACCUGGGACAUGAAAUAUGACAAAAUAGCACAACCCGGCGUAAAAUAGACCAAAAAUACACGACUAUGCCCCUCAAACGGAUAAGAACUAGGGGCGCAAAUAUGUGCAAUUACAUCGUUAUCAAAUUCCCCCACACUUAACCGUUUGCUUGUCCCCAAGCAAACCUAACUCAAACCAAUGCAGCUCUCCAGACCUCUAUAGCAACAAACAACCCAGAUCGUAGGUAGAGGACUUCCUAGAUCAUUUAGGGGUAAUUAUCAUAAAUGGUCACAAAACUAUUUACUUUGUACAAAACGGUCACAAACCUUUAAUUUUGCACGUUUCAGUAACAUAUGUUUGGACUAAUAACAAAACGGUAAUUCCGUCCAUCUCCAUCCAAAAAAACCGUUACUUUCGCCUAAUCAGCACGCCACGUCAUUUAAAAUAUCAAUAAUAUAUUAAUGAUCAAACCUAAUUAAACCAAAAACCUGACCGAAAACCCUAAUUCUAUACCCACCAACCCAAAUCCUCGCCCUAUUCCUCCACCCGCUCUACUUCUUUCUCCCUUUCGUCGUCGCCAAGGACCUCUGCUUCUCGAUAGACCACCACCUUGCCGUCAAGAUCACUCAAUUGGCGGAAGUGCAAGCUUGCUUCUCCCUCCGCACCGUGGCCUACGGGGCCACCGACCAACUGCUCGCCGCCCGCGGCUACCGAUCUGCCCACAAGUUCGCUAAUGUCCACAAGGUCUUCAGCGCCAGAAAUAUCAACAAGAUGCUUCAGGUAAUUAAUUAGCUAGCCUUCUUUCUAUUUCUUCUUUAUGCCUUCGAUUAGUCAUAAGUACAAUAGCUAGCUCCCAGCCAUGGCCAAAAAUCCUCACUGCUCGAAUUUAUUUGGUCAAUUUUCCUUUUCUAGUUGGCCCUAGCAUUUCCAGUCCACUCUCAUAACCAAGAGAGGCAGCCGAACCUGUCAAAUUCACUCUUUCAAAGUGAAAGGCUGGGGGAUCUGGUACCGCCAUAGGAUGAGGAGCGGGUGGGGUUGGGUGGCGAGGAGAUGGCGGCGAGGUAAUUGAUGAACGCGGUGGGGAGGCGGUGCUGGAGUCGCCGGAACUGGCGGCGUAACUUGGCUCAUGUUUCUGUCUCUAUUAAUGCGAGUGGGUGGAAAGAGAUAGUAUUUUCGGUUGGGUUACCAGUUCUGGGUUUGGUCAUUCAUAUUUUAUUGAUAUUUUAAAUGACGUGGCGUGUUGACUAGACGAAAGUAACGGUUUUUUGGAUGGAGAUGGACGGAAUUACCUUUUUGUUAUUAGGCCAAACAUAUGUUACUAAAACGUGCAAAAUAAAGGUUUGUGACCGUUUUGUACAAAGUGAAUAGUUUUAUGACCAUUUAUAAUAAUUAGCCUAUCAUUUAGCAACUUACGAGGUCAACCGACGCACAAGUCAUCUCAUAGCUUCUUCGGCGAGAAUGCUAGUCUCGAGUCGGCAUCAUGGCAAAUAGUGAACAGAGGACAAAUGAAUUGUGGAUGAAGAGAUUCUCAAAAACAAAGGAUCAUGGACUCACAUUUUUCAAGGUGCUCUAUUUUCUUCUUGGAGAUGGUUGGAACCCCUUUUCUUUCUAUUUUGCUUGUUUUCUGUUAUUAUUUUUUUUUUCAAGGGUCCCAACCUGCUUUUCAGAAAAUGGGGCUCCCACCUAGCAGAGGUUUUGCGGGAGCCCGGCUCUUACCGGCCAUGCCAGGAGCAGAUGUCUCGAGCCUCGUGCGGGGGAAAGACAUGUAAGGGGGCUGGAGGUAGUAGGUGGAAAUUGGGAACGAAUUCCCGUCUCCCCUUACACACUUUCGUCCUAUUCGCACGGGAGACGUUAUUUUGAAGCACAUUUUCGAGCACCUGUUAAACUCAAAACAUGAAACAAGAGUCCAUGACAGGCAGAGAAUCCACAGCACCACACAAUUCAAGGGUCCUAAGAUCACUAAUUCACUCAAUCAACCAACACAAUAUGAAGAAUAAAUGAGACUUCUUAAAUGCAUCAACAUCCUCCAUAGUGCUACACGGCCAUUGUGUUGGGAGAAACACGGCCGUGCUUUCGGGUGGACACGGCCGUGCUUUGAUCGACACGGCCGUGCAAAUUCUCAGCCCUGCCUGUGUAAUCAACUCAUGUUUGCCAAACUCGAAUUUGCUCUCGGCAGUAAAAGCACGGCCACAGAACACGGCCGUGUUCUGUUUUAGGUGUGCCCAUGUUUUGGCUCCAGCUCGACGAAAUGAAUUCCGAAUGCCCCGAAACUCGUGCUUAGCCUUCCCUUUGACGCCUGGGACAUGAAAUAUGACAAAAUAGCACAACCCGGCGUAAAAUAGGCCAAAAAUACACGACUAUGCCCCUCAAACGGAUAAGAACUAGGGCGCAAAUAUGUGCAAUUACAUCGUUAUCAGUGGGAUUAGUGCGACGGGAGUGGUGGAGGCGGCUACGGCGGGUUUGGCUAGAGGGAGGGUAGAACUAGAGUUUGGGUAGAUUAUAUAGAAUAAUCGGGUGUGGUUAUAUUUUCAUUUCCAAAAUUAACCUAAAAGAAUCUUGAACGUAAGAUUAAAAAAGAAGGAAAAAUAGUUAAUCAAAUGGUAUAUAAAGAGGUUGUCAUCGUGAUUACUAAAAAAAAGUAAUCACCCUAACCCAUUCCUCUAUUUGUGCAUUGUUAGGCAAUUGGAAUUAAAGAUUCAUGUGGCUAGAGGUGGAAAUCAGUACGAUAUGGGUAUCCCAAUACCAAAGACCGAAUACUAAAUAGUACCCUAAACUCAAUCCCAAUGACCCAAUCCAAUCCCAGAAUUAAUUUGGUAUCCAAUCCGAAUUCCUAUAAUUUUAUUAAGUAUCGCUAUACACCAAAUACCAAAUUAAUUUCCUUUGAAAUUGAAAAUCAAUUUUAGAAACGCAA